UUCCAUGAACUCUUAGAUUCUUCGGUGCAUUCCACAGUGUUAUAGAAUCUUCGUGCGCGUUUUGGAUGGUUCAGCGGAUUACACCUUCUUGAACAGAGCGCUCCUUCUUAAGCCAUCUGCUGAGUGCUGCUUAGCCAGUCUUUAUCUGGAUUUCCACCUUUGAUGUUUGAUCGCUCUACUCCAUGCAUCGAAGGAAGAGAUCGUGAGGCAUUCUUGUGCUCUGUGGUCUUGUAAGAUGGCACUCAUGUUGUUGCCGGCGAUCGCGCCUGUAGAUAUAUCUGUUGGCCUUGGAUUUACUGAAGCGGUUUGACAAGGAGAUCGGUCACUGGGAAAGGUCUUUACGCCGAGACGAAGGCGGAGAUGGAGUCUGCAAUCACUCUAUGCUGAUUCGAAGUACGCAUGCGUGGAGUUUGAGCCGGAGAACACCAUGGGUUUGCCGCCUCCAUUAUCGAGCCUGGUGACCAGCGCAGCAGCAGCAGCAGCAGAGGCUGCAGUCUCUUUGGAGCAGAAGGUUUACGAUGUGAUUCUGAAGCAGUCAUCCCUGGUGAAGAAGAAGCCGGCGUGAACUACUGCUCUCGAUGUGAAGCCGGACUUGGCGAUCCCUGGAUCUUUGAGCUUGCUGAAGGAGGCUUAUGACAGGUGUGGAGAAGUCUGUGCAGAGUACGCCAAGACCUUUUAGCUGGGUUAGCUCUCAUACCAAUUACUUGAUCAUAUACAUUUUUUGGUCUGCAUGACAAAUCAUGAAGAGAUGGUCUUGAUUCUUCAGACAUGAAAUUUUCAUGCAUCUUUGUAGGAACACUGCUCCUGACUCCUGAGAGGAGGAGAGCAAUCUGGGCAAUAUAUGUGUGGUGCAGAAGAACAGAUGAGCUUGUGGACGGGCCAAAUGCUUCCCAUAUCACACCAACAGCGUUGGACAGGUGGGAGUCGAGGCUGGAGGAUGUCUUUGCAGGCUGCCCAUAUGACAUGCUCGAUGCAGCUCUUUCUGAUACUGUCUCGAAGUACCCUGUUGAUAUCCAGUUGCAGCCGUUCAGGGACAUGAUCGAAGGAAUGCGAAUCGAUUUGAAAAUGCCAAGAUAUCAGAACUUCGACGAACUCUAUCUUUAUUGCUAUUACGUCGCGGGAACUGUUGGACUGAUGAGCGUCCCUGUCAUGGGAAGCGCUCCCGAGUCGAAGGCGACGUCAGAGAGCGUUAACAGGGCUGCUUUGGCUUUGGGCAUCGCCAACCAGCUCACUAACAUACACGGGGACGUCGGCGAAGAUGCUAGAAGAGGAAGGAUCUAUCUGCCGCAGGAUGAGCGUUCUCGGUUUGGGCUGUCCGACGACGAGAUUUUCGACGGCAAGGUGACGGACAAAUGGAGGAGCUUCAUGAAGAACCAGAUUAAGAGGGCGAGGAUGUUCUUCAGAGCAGCAGAAGAUGGUGUGAGCGAGCUCAAUCAAGCCAGUAGAUGGCUGGUUUGGGCUUCUCUGCUGUUGCAUCAGCAGAUCCUCGACGAGAUCGAAGCGAAUGACUACAACAACUUCACGAAGCGCGCUUCUGCGAGCAAAGCAAAGAAGCUGAUGGCUCUGCCGGUGGCGUUUGGUAGAUCGCUCGUCACGCCAUCUUCUCUAAGGCAGUCAAGCUCAGCAAAGACACGAUUAGAAGGAAACCUGUGUCAUUGGAUCGAACCACCCACAUCAGAGAAGAAAAUGUUGUAAUCUUCCAUCUCAUUGAUGGGUACAUACAAUCACGCAAGUGAAUUUAUGUACGUCAAUAUGAAACGCAUGUUUGGUUGCGGGUCUCAUUUGGAUUCAGUAUAUUCUUGUUUAUUUGAUGUAGCAAUGCCACAAGGGGAGUCAAUUCAACAGUUGGAUAAGAUUACUGUUGGAGACCGUUCUUCAUCAUUUAUUUUUUAGAAAAAUAAAAUAAAAAACUAGGCUAAAA